GCUACAAGUCGUCCCCAAAACAAUUGCCUCAGGGAGAGAGGGAGAGAGAGGGGAAUUUCGAUGGACACUGCAAUGCUGUCUGCUAUAGGGACUUCAGUAGCAGCAAGUCACGCCAGACUCCUGGACUUGGACGCCAGUAGAAUUGCUGCGUUCUCACCAUUUUACUACAGAUUGGGCCAUGGUUCAUGUGUACGAUUCUGCAUGGAUAAGUCGACAUGUUUUUUUGUUUGUUCAUUUCUCCUGACAUUGCCAGGGUUCGUUCCAAGCAAUUGCACCAGUGACCAGGCUGGCCUCUUAUAAGUCCCCUCCCUUCCGCUUUCCGGACAGUGGGACACUACACAGCGAGAUUGUCCUCUGGAAAGGAUGAAGUCGCUGAUGAUCUCUCUACAAGUCCUACUGGUGCUGCUGCAGAGUGCAGCUGCAAAACCAAAGUUUUACCGAAAGUUCCCAAGAUCUUGCCAACUUGGGUCGAUCCAAGAGGACAGCAAGGCCGAAAUCGUUGAAAUCAGCUACCAUAUGACGGCCAAGCAAGCGCCCGUCUGGGAUCUUACUGAUACAAACGAGGGCGGUGUGCUCAUUUGGCUUGGGCUAUCGCAGACUUAUGACACAGGUGGGAUAAUUCAACCUUCUGCUGAAAAGCGUUUCGAGAACACCUGUCAUGCCAAGACUGGCGAAUGGUGUUUGAUGGAAUCCGUCUUCGUGGGUGAAGAGGUUCCCCAAUUGGAAUCACCAGCUGUGCCGUGGAAUGGACGCACUGUCUUCGUCAAGUCUCGCAUGGUCGCUGCCAAAAAGCACUGGGAAAUGACAAUCUCCGAGACAUCUGGUCAGCGACUCACAAAUAUGACCGUUCCAAUCAACGCUAUGACUAGAGGCAUGAAAGCCCUAUUGGCAAAUGUUGAGCUUAUGGACGGAUGGGAACCCUCAAUUUUAGGGCAUACUUACUCUGAUGUCAAGAUCACACUGUCCAGCCCUGACAAGACAUUUCUCAAGCCUUUCUCCGACGAGGACUGUAGCGUUCAAAAUGUUCUUUCCUCAGCAGACGGAGCAAUUUGGCGCAUCGGAAGCAUUUUUAUGAGGUCUAGUGCAGCUGGUGGCGUACGUGACCCGCACAAGACAGCGACAAACUGAUUCCAUGUGCGAUGAGACUUAUGCGCGUUGAACCUGCAAAGUUCGCACCUUUGAGUCCACAGUCAACAGUCGACAGCUACCCUCCUUAGCGAUGAUGCUGAACCUGCUACAAGGAUUUUGUGUGAAAUAGGUCUCCUACGCAAACAUGACUCCAUUCAAAACGUUGGUAGCAUUUCUAAAAUGAGCAGGAACUCGGCAGAUACAGUAGCCACGCUAUUUGCCAUUACAAUGACCUCAAAAGCCUGCAGCAGCUUGCAGGCGCUCUGGACAGUGUUACGCUUCCGCAACACAGAGUGCUACAAGACAUAUCCAAUCGAUUGUCUCAACGACAAAAGUCCCGUUGGGCCCUCUGCUA